AUGAGCGGUAGAAUCAAGAAGGGUGGCCUUAAAAUACCACCAAAAUUGAACAACAAGGCUAGGAAACCACCUGGAAAGCCCAAGCAGAAAGAGACAGAGACAGAUGCUGAUCACCCACUUCCAACUCCACCAGCCACGCAAGACGCUCCUCAGUCUAUUCACCAACAAGGUUCCAAUGAGAAUAUCGAAUUAUCUCAGCCAACUCCGGCGAUUGAGCAGAUUGGGGAAAGCCAGGAAAUUAACACUGGAAUUGCUACACCUGCUCCCACACAGCAAAUCCAACAACCUCAGCAAUCCCAGCAAUCUCAGCGGUCUCAGCAGUCUGAGCAGGCUACUGGUUUACCUACACCAGCACCAAUCCAACAGCCUCAACUCCCUCAAUCAUCCCAGCAACCCCAACCAUCACAGCAAAAGCAAGGUCCAACUCCAAUCUUGCCAUCAAGAGCUUCUUCCACCUUAUCCUUCAAUCAACGUUUCAAUCACCAACAGCAGGAAGAAAAAUCGCAGCAACCUCUAAAUACAAGAGCAUCACAGACGCCGCUUCAGACGCGAGCUGUUGUUACUCCUACAUCAUCAGCCGCUCCCCUUAACACCAGAGCUGCUCAAAAUCCGUUACAGACGAGAGCAUCUCAAGCAACCAGAGGAACUCCAGCUCAAGGAAUAGAAGUAGGCACUUCAUCGCAACAAGAAACCAACUUAAUAGAAAAAGAAAAUCAAACUCGCGCUAAUACGAGAAAGAAUGAUGGCGAGGAGGACGAUCAACUUGAAGAAGCCGAGAUAAAAGCAAAUAAUGCAAAGCUAUCAGCUAGGCAGUUACGCACACAGAAGAUGAGAAUGAAAAAGAGACCAAUCGAGGAGAUUUGGCGUGAUGAUCCGGAAGCUCAGCCAAUAGACACAAGUACUUACAAAAUGUCCGAUCUCAUUCACGAUCCCGGCGUGGGCAGACUGAGUAGUAGAGUUGUUGACGUCACAAAGAAACACGCACAAAUGAAAAAAAGGCGGAAAGAGGAGAAAGUUAGAUUGAGAGAAUUGAAUGAAGAAGAUUUGAAACAAGAUGCUGGUGAUGAUGGUACAGGUCGCAGGCGAACCGUCGAAGAUGAAGAGAAGCAGAGGAAGGAGAGAGAUGAAACAACACGAAAGAAAAAGGAAGAUAAGAAGGCCGAAAAGAAGCGUAUUAAAGAUCAGAGGAAAGCUGAAGAGGGUGUGGAGGAAGUAGUUGAUGGCGAUGAUAACAAUGAGUCUUCUUCCGAUGACGAUGAAGAUGACGAGACAAAUGACCAGCAAGGUCCGCAGAUGAGAUUGGUCAACGGAAAGCUUGUUAUAGAUGAGCAGUCUUUGCUUGUCGACCGUUCUGCGCAUUCUCGUAACGACACUUCGGCGUAUGAAGUUACCGAGGAACUCGAUACGGAUAGAUUUGUGAAUACCAAUACGUGGAGAGGCAAUGGAAGAGGUCGUCAAGACAGAUGGACAAGACUUGAGACUGAAAUGUUCUACGAUGCUCUUAGUAGAUUUGGCACUGACUUUGAAAUGAUAGCAAUGUUGUUCAAAGGUCGUACACGCAGAGUUAUUAAAGCAAAGUUUAGCAGAGAAGAGAAGUACAAUAGUGAUCUCAUCACACAAGCACUCAAGAAUAGAAAACCGUUUGACCUCAUUGAGUAUGGCAAGUUCAUAGGCGUAGACCUCAGUGGUCCUCCGCCAGAAGUACGCCUUCCGACACCCUUGCCUCAAGGUGAAGAUGUUCAGAAGAAGGAGGAGGACGCUGAUGGAGCGGAGGAGGUCGUGAAUCCAGACGAAGAGGAGCAUCACGGUCGCGGCCGCAGAGUAUCUGUCGGAAGUGCUUCUAGCAAACGCAAGCAAUCUAGAGGACCAGGUGGACGUGAUCCUGAAAACGAGGAGGGUGCCGAAGUAGUCGGUAUUGUUGAAGGCGGCCAAGUUGUUGCCGCAUAG